CGCACGUGCGAAACCUCUGGCACCAGUUAUUCGAGCGAGGAGAGGCGAGAAAGAGUACGCGAUCUAGGAUUUUUUUGGAGGUCGAAUCCCAAAUAUCUCCGUCCCGGAUCCGGGGGCUUCCGACCUCCCUCGGUUUUAGGGAUUGAGGUUCUACGGUUUUUGAAGGACGAGAUUUAGGUUGACAAAUUGUUUAUGGGCGUCGAUCGGCGAUCUUGUUUACGAAUUGACUAUAGAUAUCGGAGGUUUAAGCUGGUUGGGUUUAUACGCGUGAUCCAUCUCUGGAUUGUUGAAGGCAAUUGAGAAUUUUGUCUCUGUUUUCAAGUCCUUCAUAGAUAUCCAAUUUUGCUGUUGCUUUAUUGUGUUCUUGCAAAUUUCUUCUGUUUCUAUCUAGUCUGCUGAUAUGAAGACUCAUGAACGUGCUGCAAAUCUUGCUCUUCUAGGUUUAACAUUUGCACCACUUGUUCUGAGGGUAAAUCCCAACUGGAAUGUAAUUUUGACUGCAUGCCUAACUGUUUAUGUGGGCUGCUUUCGGUCAGUCAAACCAACACCACCAUCAGAAACAAUGUCAAAUGAACAUGCCAUGCGCUUUCCUCUUGUUGGGAGUGCAAUGCUCUUAUCGUUGUUUUUGCUUUUCAAAUUUGUCUCAAAAGAUUUGGUGAAUGCUGUUCUUACAUGUUACUUCUUUGUCCUUGGGAUCAUCGCUCUUUCGGCAACAUUGUUACCUUCGAUAAAGCAUUUUCUUCCAAAACAUUGGAAUGAAGACCUCAUUGUUUGGCGUGCUCCGUAUUUCCAUUCUGCUUCAGUGGAGUUCACCAGGUCUCAGAUUGUUGCCUCAAUUCCAGGAACCUUUUUCUGUGUGUGGUAUGCUUCACAAAAGCAUUGGCUUGCUAACAAUAUUUUGGGGAUUUCAUUCUGCAUUCAGGGAAUUGAAAUGUUAUCAUUGGGUUCUUUUAAAACUGGUGCAAUUCUCUUGGCUGGACUGUUUGUGUAUGAUAUCUUCUGGGUGUUCUUUACUCCCGUGAUGGUUAGUGUUGCUAAAUCUUUUGAUGCUCCCAUAAAGCUUCUAUUCCCAACUUCUGAUUCAGCACGGCCUUUUUCAAUGCUUGGCCUUGGUGAUAUUGUGAUUCCUGGGAUUUUUGUAGCAUUGGCAUUGCGCUUUGACGUAUCAAGAGGAGAACAAAAGCGCUAUUUUAAUAGUGCAUUUUUUGGAUACACACUUGGUUUGGUCGUUACUAUUGUUGUAAUGAAUUGGUUUCAAGCUGCACAGCCUGCUCUUCUUUAUAUAGUACCUGGUGUUAUUGGAUCUAUGGCUGUUCACUGCCUGUGGAAUGGAGAAGUAAAACCGCUGCUGGAGUAUGAUGAAUCAAAGCCAGCGACGGUCAGCAGUUCUUCAUCACAAGAUGGAGAUGCUAAACUCAACAAGAAAGUGGAGUAGCGGCUAAUGCAGUGGACUGCAGAACUUUUCUGAUAUACGACUUGCCAUUGCUAACUCUUUGGAACUAUGGCUGGAAGAAUAGCUCCCCAUAGCUUUUGGAAUCACAAUGUUUUUGUACAAUACAGAAAUUUUUAUAGCUUAGAAACUUGGUGCCUCAUUUUAGAUGUUUAUGUUUAUCUUUUCCUUUGUCUUUGGAUGAUGUUUUCUUCCAAGUCUCUUUCUACAUUCA